AUGGUGGACCGUCCAUCUUGUGUUAAUUGUGGUCGAAUAUGUUACGCGAAAAAUCGUUCGCUCCGAUCUACUAGUUUUCGAUCAAUUUCGAAUAAAAAGACUCAUCGAUGGUUACAUGCUCUGCUGAAUGCUCGAGGAAUUCAGCUGCAACCCGAAAUGUUCAUUUGUGGUCCAUGUCGGACCAUUUUUCGUAAAGAACAACGACAUCGUCGCUCUUCUCGCUAUCAGUCAACUACUUAUACAGACACGAAUGAUUAUGGGGAUGUGAGCGAAAUUCAACAGCUGUUAUCUGUUCAAGCAAUUUAG